UUUCCAUCCGUUAGUUUCACUAGUGACGCCGAGGUGUUCGCAGUUCUUCUCUCCUCCACUUACACGCUACUCUGGAGGUUGUAAAGGAGGCGAGAAGUAUCCUGUGAUCCUCAAGUCAUGGCAAGGAUGUUGGUUUUCGUCUCCCAAUAUUGUUGGGGGCACUACCAGUCCUGUUUACUGCUGGUACUGUCGUUAGCACUGACCGCUGGAGCUGUCACUGCCCAGUACACACAGGAGGAGGAGGACCGAGGUGUUGGUGUGGUGGUGGAGCCCCAAGAGCUGCAUCAUGUGGUGGAGGGAACUGACCACGUCCUUACCUGGUACUCCAACCAGACCUCCGUCGUAAGGGUGGACGCCUUCGUCAGUGAUGAAAUGGUGGGAACAGUGACGUGGGCUAGUGCUGUGAGCCGUGGGGAACCCAACGACAACUACAUUUUUACUGGCAACCUCAAUGUCUCCGCGCUCUUCAUUGGCUACAACAAAAUAAAGUUGUCGCUGUAUGAUGAUCACAAUGUGAUGGUGGGGGAAGUCACGGUGAAGAUGACGGUGCUGUUGUCCUAUCAGAACUUGAGUGAUCUCUUCACUGUCCUCCUCGGCAUCCUCAUCGCUAUCCUCUACGCUAUCAUGGGCGUCACUAUGGACCUCUCGGUAGUCAAGACCAUCAUGAUGAAGCCUAUCGGUCCUAUCAUAGGCAUGAUCUGUCAGUAUAUCAUCAUGCCGUUGCUCGGCUUCGGACUGGGCAUGUUAGCGUUCCCAGGCAACUCUCUGGCCCAGCUAGGACUCUUCCUGGUGGGGUGUUCCCCAGGGGGCGGCAGCUCUAACAUGUGGACCCACCUUAUGGGCGGCUCCCUCGACCUCUCCAUCAUGAUGACCUUCAUCUCCUCCGUCGCCGCCUUCGGUGCUGUGCCGCUGUGGGUGCUGAUGGUGGGUCCCUACAUCAUGGGUGACAAAGCAGAGUUCAUCAUCCCUUACAAGGACAUCACUAUACUGGUCCUCAGCCUCUCUAUACCAUGUUGUGUUGGUCUACUUAUCCAGAGAUUCUUGCCCAGGGUGUCGAAGGUGAUGAAACUAAUGUUGACGCCGUUGGUAAUCUUCUCCAUACUGUUUACAUUUACCUUCGGAGUCUACGCUAAUGUCUACGUCUUUAGCCUCUUUGACUUUACGACGGUUAUCGCAGGGUUCGGGCUGCCCGCGCUGGGGUUCCUUAGUGGAUUAAUCUUCGCCAAACUCCUACGUCUGCCUGGCCGGGACUGUACCGCCAUCUGUAUAGAGACGGGAAUCCAAAACGCUACCGUGGCCCUCUUCAUUCUUAAGCUUACCCUGGAGAAACCUGCCGGGGACCUUACUAUUGUGUACCCAGCGGCUGCAGUGCUCAUGACACCCAUCCCACUGGUGCUGAUGGCCAUUACUCGCAAGAUCUAUCUGUAUAGUCGCCGCAUCAAGAGUCACCACAUUCCCCACGACUCACCCGAGAACCAAAUAGAAGGAGAGAAAGACGACACUCGCAAGCAUUACGACUCAACAAACACGACGGUGGUGAACGGCGCCAACAACUUUUCUAGCGUAGGCAUCGACAACCCCGGCCUUGUCGUGCGGGAGGAGGACGUAUGAGGAGACAACAAGGUGGACGGUCUGUAUUGGAAAAAUGCCACGAACGUUUUUACAGUCACGGAGUGGCGGCAGAUGUACCCCAUCCCUUCCCUCGUCAGUACCACCUCCCUGUCUCAGUAGUCUAUAAUGGCAGACAUCCCCCACCUUCGUCAAUAACAGGUAGAACACGAUUAUCAGUGAGGUAGACGAGGUAGAUCACGAUUAUCAGUGAGGUAGACGAGGUAGAACACAAUUAUCAGUGAGUUAGACGAGCUAGACUUGUAAGGUUUAUUAAAAUCUCCAUAUAAUAGUUUUUUGUGCUCGCGCGACCUACAGUACAGUGACACUUGGUUCGAUAACUUGAUGUUUUUGUGUUGCUGGAGGAAAACAAACUUAAAAUAAUUUUUGAUAAAAUCUGUGAUAAGUUCAUUC